AUGGCCUUGCCUGACGUGGAUAACCGCCCUGCUGAGGGCAUCUCAUAUUUCACGCCGGCGCAGAUUCCUGCGGCCGGCUCUGCAGCCCGUCCGCAGUCCAAUGGCCAAGAGCCCCCUAAGCUCUUUCAGCCCUUCACUAUCCGCGGUGUAACUUUUCCAAACCGCAUUGGCCUGUCCCCGCUGUGCCAGUACUCGGCGCAAGAUGGUUCCAUGACAGACUGGCAUCUAGCUCAUCUAGGCGGAAUCGCCCAGCGCGGCGCAGGAUUCCUCAUGAUUGAGGCCACGGCCGUCCUGCCAGAGGGACGGAUCACGCCCCAGGACUUGGGGUUGUGGAAAGACGAGCAAGUUCUACCGAUGAAGCGUACCAUCGAGUUUGCCCAUAGCCAGGGCCAAAUUAUUGGCGUGCAGAUUGCCCACGCAGGUCGCAAAGCGAGCACCAUUGCUCCUUGGCUCUCCGGCGCUGUUAUUGCGACCGAGCAGGUGGGCGGCUGGCCAGACCAGGUGAAAGGCCCGAGCGAUGUGCCCUUCGCAGCCUCAUUCCCACAACCGAAGGCGAUGAGCAAGUCGGACAUUGAAGAAUUUAAGGCCGCCUGGGUGGCUGCCGUCCGGCGCGCGGUGGCCGCUGGGGCCGAUUUUGUGGAAAUUCACAACGCCCACGGCUAUCUCUUGUCCUCUUUCCUGCACCCCUCUGCCAACCGCCGGACCGAUGAGUAUGGCGGUACCUUUGAGAACCGAAUUCGUCUGACCUUGGAGAUCGCAAAAUUGACUCGGGACGCGGUGGGGCCGUCGGUACCAGUCUUCCUGCGCGUGUCUGCCACGGACUGGCUGGAGAACAGCCUGCCAAAUGAACCUGGCUGGCGCUCUGAGGACACAGUCCGCUUAGCCGAAGCGCUUGCUGCCCAGGGCGCUAUCGACCUCCUGGAUAUCAGCACCGGUGGCAUCCACGAAGCGCAGAAAGUCACGUCGGGGCCCGGCUUCCAAGCGCCGUUUGCCAUUGCCGUCAAGAAGGCGGUAGGAGACAGGCUGGCGGUUGCUGCCGUGGGCACCAUUGACUCCGCCCAUUUGGGAAACAAGCUUUUGGAGGAGGACGGGCUGGAUUUUUCUUUGGUCGGUCGCGGCUUCCAGCGCGAUCCUGCCAUCGUAUGGACUUGGGCGGCUCAGCUGGGCGUCGAAAUCGCCAUGGCAAACCAGAUCCGCUGGGGCUUUGGGCGGCGGCGUGAUGGUCAGCCCUAUCUCAAGACGAACACCGUCAAAGGUUCCAUUUUCGAUUGA